AUGAAGAAAAGUUUAAGAGUUCAUACAUAUGACUCCUCAAUAGAAAAUGAAUACUACUAUUUGCUGCGAGUAUUAAGGAGGUCGGUUGCUGCUAUUGCCAGCAACAUGGGUUUAAAGUCAUUCCGGUCUCUUGGGGUGUUGAAUACGAUUGCUUCGGAAUUGAAUUCGUAUAUUGGAAUGUUGGCAGGUCAGACUCGUAUAAUCUGUUCGAUGAAACAUCACAUGAAAGCGAACUUCGUAGACGUGUUGCAUGCAUUGGAGUUGUUGGAUAAGCAGUUGUUGGAUACGUUAUUGAGCGAGCCAGUACUGAGUAACGCGGAGGUGGAGACGACGGACGACACGGCGAUCCAGCGUUAUGCGAAUAUAAGAUUAAACCGUCCGAAUAACGAAGUACCGGACAUCACGAUUGGGUUUAAUGAUCGUGGUAUGCCGAUAACGGAGAGUGCGCUGAAUAAUUUCGAUUUUGUAAAAUCUGGGACGUCUUAUGUAGAGAUGGUAGCAGGCCGUUGCGCCUCGGUUUUGCGGCCUACGCAGCCGAUUCCGCAGUUGGUGAUUGAUGAGCUAGUGGCGAGUCCGAAGAUCCUUUUGCCGUUGAGUCCGUCCCAAGAUGUGUGGCUGCAGGACAUCAUUAAGGAGCAUAAGCACCGUAAGGAAGUGGACGGAUUAAACCAGCCACUGUACACCAUGUAUCUGCAGCAAGCGGCGCAACCCUCUUCGGCCGAAAGCUUCACAAUGAAACUCCACCAAACGGACACGACCAUGGGCGCAGUGGGGAAGAUUCUGAAGCCCUACAGGUAUCAAGACGACCAACCCACGACCGUGCGCGCACUUAAUGAACAGUUCUACUCCCUCAUGUCUGACUCAGACCCCCACCUGCUAAACAUCGAGAAUCUGCCCAUUAACAUCCCCAGUCAGGUCGACUGGUGGAUGCCGGUCUACCCACUCGGGCCAGAAAAUCUCGACAAACUUGUUGAUUCUGUACCCGACAAGCCGGAGUCUCCUGGUGGUGGCCGCGUCCAGGACAACAAAUCCGGCGGCGCCGAUCAGACAGCUGCCCCGACCCAGGGAGCACCUGAGAACAGACCUUUGGGCUUCGAUGCCGCUCUUGAGGAAAAAGUCGAACUUCAAAUCGAACUCUGCAACGUCGAACCAGACUUCCCCUCCAUAGUCCAACUCGAACGCUCCACCAAGCCGGCCUAG